AUCGGGGUUGGAUGAAACCGACAAGGCGCGUGUUAUGCAUAAAACAGUGAUAUUUGUCUAAACCAAAAGGCCGCUAGUCCUCUUCGAAUAUUUUCUUCCUCUCUUCUGCCCCCUUUCAGUAUAGCUGACGCCUAGGGUUCGAAGAGGAGCAAACCCUAGCUAUACCCAUGGACAGGCACCGCAGCGACCGCUUCGACGACCGCUCCGGAGAUCGGUUCGGCGAUGGCGGUGGGCGGCGGAUGCCCUCCCGAUGGUCCUCGGACAGCCCCACGGAGCGGCAUCCCCGUUAUCCCAGGGGUGGCGCCGGAGGCGGAGGCGAUGGCGGCCGCUACCAUCCCUACCGCGGUUCUCAGGACCUUCCCGCCCCUCCGGGCGGUGGCUUCCGAGGCGGUGAUCCCGGUGGAUUCAGCCCUCCGGUGUCCGUGGGCGGGCCUAGGCGCGGGUUCUCCGGUCGAAGUGGCUCUCCAGAUCGUACUGGUGGGAAUAAAUUUGCCAAACUUUUUAUUGGAGCAGUCCCAAGGACAGCAACUGAAGAAGAUAUACGCCCAUUGUUUGAGGUGCAUGGAGAUGUCAUUGAAGUGGCUUUCAUAAAGGAUAGGAAAACUGGCGAGCAACAAGGUUGUUGUUUCGUCAAGUAUGCAACUUCUGACGAGGCUGACAGAGCCAUCAGGGCUUUGCACAAUCAGUAUACAUUACCUGGGGGCUCGGGACCUAUUCAAGUAAGAUAUGCUGAUGGAGAUCGGAAUCACCAUGGUGCUGCUGAAGACAAACUGUUUGUCGCAUCACUUAACAAGCUAGCCAAUGCAAAGGAGAUUGAGGAAAUAUUUUCUCCAUAUGGGCGAGUGGAAGAUGUCUACUUAAUGAGAGAUUCAUCAGGGCAAAGUCGUGGAUGUGGCUUUGUAAAAUUCUCAACUAGAGAGAUGGCAUCAGCAGCUUUGAAUGCUCUUAAUGGAAUUUAUGUGAUGAGUGGAUGUGAUCAACCGUUAGUUGUUCGAUUUGCUGAUCCUAAGCGGCCAAGGCCAGGAGACCAGAGGAGUGGACCAGCAUUUGGUGGUCCUGGUUUCAGUCCUCGAUCUGAAGCAGCAUUAGUCAUCAGGCCAACAGCUAACCUGGAUGAGCCAAGGAAUGGGCGUAAAUCAUCUGAUGCUUGGCAUCCAAUGAAUCCCGAGUCAUUUGGAUCGUCUUCCCACUCUAAUGGAACAACCUCAACGCUUCCAGUGCCACCUUCAUCGCAACAGGGAUUCAAUCCUUCGAUGGCAUCACUCCCUUCCUUUGUUGGUCAGCAAGUAUCACAGUUGGAGAAGCCACUGAUGCCCCCUCAAAACUUCCCUCCACAUUUAAAACUGAAUACCCAACAGCCUCCAGUUUCCCACCCCCAUGCUCUAAAUUUGCAAUCACCUCUGCAACAUUUUGGCCAGCUUCAACUUCCUCAAUCUGGUGGUCAAAACAUACCAUCCCAACAGUUACCUGGACUGGGUGGACAAGCAUCCUUGCAGCCUUUAGCCCAGCAAAGUGCCUCUUCCAUGGCAUUGCAGGCUCCUUUAAGCCUGCAACAACAAGCUAUGCCUGCUACCGCCAAUCUUCCACAGUUUGCCACAUCUAAUGUCACACAGCAGCUUCUUCAGCAGCCUAUCCAACAGUUUCCAGCACAACUACCCCAGAUGCUGCUUCAGCAGCAGGCCCAAGCUUUACAAUCUAGCUUUCAAUCAUCCCAACAGGCAAUUCUCCAACUGCAACAGCAGCUGCAACAAAUGCAACAACAGCAGCAUGUUUCUGAGUCUACUAAACUGCAGUCUGCAUGGACUGGACCACAGUCGUCAUCCAUCCCUCCUACAACAGCUUCCAGCACACCUGCUUCAGUUGUGCCGACAACCGCUGCAACUCUUCCAAAUUCAGUAAAUACGUCCCCUGCAGUUCCGAUGACCUGCAACUGGACAGAGCAUACCUCUCCUGAUGGAUUUAAGUACUACUAUAACAGUGCUACUCAAGAGAGUAAGUGGGAGAAGCCUGAAGAAUUUACACUAUUUGAGCAGCAGCAACAACAUCAGAAAUUGCUCUUAUUGCAGCAGCAACAACAAAAACUUUCUUUCCAACAGCUUCCAUCACCAUCUGAUACUCAAUCACACACACAGAUUCAACCAACCCAGCAAGUUCUGUCAACACAGCAAAUGCAACCUCAACUGAUGAGGCAACAAUCACAAAUGCAACCUCUUCAACCUUUACAACUGUAUCAAGCUUCUGGUGGAACCCUACAACAAAAUGUGCAAGAUCUGAGUUAUGCACAACUAAAGGCUGCUGGUUCUGUUAUUGAUCCUGCUAAAGUGCAACAGGGGAUUUCAGCAGCACAAGAGUGGGCUCUGAAGAACAAACCUGCAGGUUCCUGAUGCAGUGCUCAUCAGGUGACGUGCAGCAGAGUGUGACAUUACCCCCAAGUGAAGUGUUUCAGAGCAAGUAUUGGGAUGAAGCCAGCGAUGGCUCCCCGAGCUGUUUGAUGUUUAUUUCUACUUUCCAAAACCGGUACUUAGCAUUAUCAUUCAGCAGAAAAAGAUAAAUGUUUCAGUGUACAUCCAAUUUUUCUGGCUACGGUGUGGGUUAAUCGACGUAGUGUAACAUAUCGCCCAAGAUCUUGUUCAAGAUUUAGUUGCUUGUCAUUCAA